AUGCCGACCUCGGUCUCAGUCUCGGUCCCAGAGCACCCCCACCUGAUCUACCUGCUCGUUGUUUCGGUGCUCCUCAUUAGCCCGACUCUUGAGGACAUUGGCAUCUACAUGGCAGACUUCCACAGCCCGGCUGAUGCCGCGUCCCGCAAGGCGCCCCUCGGCGGGGCCGCCCCGUGCCCGCCCCUGCCCGUCCCGCCGCGGAGCCGCCUCCGCCGGGCUCUCUCCGUACUGGCUGUGGCGCCGCUGGAAGUGCCGCUCGCUCUGGUGCUGGCGGAGCAGCGCGCUCCGCCGCUCGUCAGCUCGGCCGCCGGCCCCGAGCCGCCGCAGCCCGGGGCGGCUCGGCAAGCAGCAGCGCGCCGGGCGCUCGGCUUGGCGGGGCAGAAGAGCGGGAGCGCGGUGCCGCCCGCACGGGCGGAGAAGCCUCCCCUGGAGCAGCUCUACCGGGAGGGCCCGCUGCUGGGGAGCGGCGGCUGCGGCAGCGUUUACUCCGGGACCCGGCUCGCCGACGGCGCCCCGGUGGCCAUCAAGCGAGUGUGCCGCGAUCGCAUCCCGGAGUGGGCGCGGCUGCACAACGGCGCCCUGGUGCCCCUGGAGCUGGCGCUGCUGUGGAUGGUGUCGUGCCCUGGCUUCCGCGGCGUCGUGCGGCUCCUGGACUGGUUCGAGCUGCCCGACGGCUUCGCGCUGGUCAUGGAGCGUCCGCAGCGCUGUCAGGACCUCUGGGACUUCCUGCACGAGCGGGGGUUCCUGACGGAGCCCGUGGCGCGGGGGCUGUUCCGCCAGGUGCUGGAGGCCGUGCGGCACUGCACCAGCCGCGGCGUCCUGCACCGCGACAUCAAGGCCGAGAACGUCCUCGUCGACCUGGCCACGGGCGAGGCGAAGCUCAUCGACUUCGGCUGCGGCACGAUCCUCCAGGACACGUUCUACACCCGGAUGUCAGGAACGCCGGAGUACAGCCCACCGGAGUGGAUCCUCUUUGGCUGCUACCAUGGCCAGCCAGCCACCAUCUGGUCCCUGGGCAUCCUGCUCUAUGACCUGCUCUGCGGGCACCUUCCUUUCCAGACAAACGAGGACAUCGUCCGGGGCCAGCUCUUCUUCCCGCCCUGGGUGUCUCAAGAGUGCCAGCACCUCAUCAGGUGGUGUUUAUCCAUGGACCCCGCAGACAGGCCAUCACUGGAAGAUCUUCUUGAGCAUUCUUGGCUGCAGGAGCCCUGCCUGGCCCAGGAGACAGCAGAGAUCCAUCCCUGUGCUCAGUAGGAUCCAGGAGCCCAGCAAGUACCAGCUGCAUGUGUCUGGUGGCACUCCAAGAAAACCCCGGAGCGUUUCCCUGCGGCCGCGGCACGGAGGAGAGAGCGCAGCCGAGGAGAUGCUUCCA